CUGGAAUAUCUUAGCUCCGAUGAGGCUGAUGCGAUGGCACCUGUCACUUUGGAUGCCUCCCACCCUCUCACGGACUAUUUUAUCUCAAGCAGUCACAAUACCUAUCUGUGGGGAAACCAGCUCUAUGGCAAGGCUAGCACAAAGGCUUACCAGAAAGUCCUUGAAAGAGGCUGCCGCUGCGUCGAGAUUGAUGUCUGGGAUGGGCAUGACCCCGACUCUGAUACUUCGGACUCGUCCGCCGAUAGCGACAGCGACGCUGAAAACGAAGGCGAAAUUAAGAAGCUAAGCAGACGUUUCAAGAAAAAGAUCGGCCUCGCCAAAUCCAAGCCUGAGACUAGAUCAACAGACAAGCAAGCAUCUGCGUCCAGUCCGCCUAAGUAUGAAGGUGUGGCAUCAGCAGGUCUUCGCAGGACGGUCUCCAGGACCGAGCCACGUGUUCUUCAUGGGCACACCGCGACCAAAGAGAUAUCUUUCAGAGCCGUUUGCACCACCAUUCGAGACUACGCUUUUGCCACAAGUGAUCUUCCGUUGAUUGUCAGUCUUGAGGUUCACACUUGUCCCGCUCAGCAACAAAUCAUGGUUGAUAUUAUAAGAGAUCUGUGGGCUCCAUACCUGGUUGAACUCAAUGCAGUGACUGGUCAUGAGAUAUCCCUGCCAACUUUGGAGUCCUUGCGCAAGAAGAUACUCAUUAAAGUUAAGUACACAGCUCCCGAGAUCGCCGCACAGAAACCUGUGCCAGGUGUUGCGUCAAGCAACGUAGAGCCUGAGUCGGGUUCAGAGGACGAGUCUCUUGGGGCUCAGGAAGCGCCUGUCAAGAAAAGUCACAUCAUUGCAGCACUCGCUUCCAUGGGUGUCUACACCCGCGGGUGCCAUUUCAAGGACUUUGAUCAACCGGAGGCCAAGCUUCCAAAUCACGUAUUCUCCUUAUCCGAGUCAAAGAUCAUCGAGGUACACAAGCGUGAUCACUCUGCAUUGUUCAGGCACAACAAGCGCUUCUUCAUGAGAGUCUAUCCCAAAGGCAUUCGUGUAUCCUCGAGUAAUCUAGAUCCAGCACCAUUUUGGCGUAUGGGUGCACAGGUUGUCGCUCUCAAUUGGCAAUACAUAAAUGCGGCAACCAUGCUCAACCAAGCGAUGUUCCACGGGACGGGCGGUUGGGUGCUCAAGCCUGACGGCUACCGAAGUUUCCAUAGAGCUCAAUCUCAGAUCACGGCACUCGACCGUGGUAAACUUGACUUGACGAUCGAGCUGCUGGCUGGUCAGGAUAUCGGCCCGUCUGACGAGAAACUCCACCUCUAUGUCCGCUCCGAGUUGCACAUCGAGGACAUGGAAGAGAUCAAUGGCGGGUCUCUACCCGAAGGAGGAUCCACCAAGGAGGGACAGAUCAAGGCGGUCACGCAAGUUGGAACCGCUGGCAGGUCGCCAGAUUUUAGGCGCCAAGUGCUCCAAUUCAAAGUCGACGGUGUUGCCGAAGAGCUGACCUUUGUGAGGUUCAAGGUCAUGGACGAUGACACUUUCAGCCGCGAUAAUCUAGUAGCAUGGGCAUGCUUCAAAUUGUCCAGGCUACAGACAGGUAUCAAAAAGAUACGUCUGUAUGACUGCGAAGGUCAGCAGACCAACGGAAUGCUGCUUGUGCGCAUAAGCAAGAGACUCGAGAUU